CCCCGCCACCGGGGACCGACGUUCUACCCAGUCCCUGAUGCACACCGCUAUAAAAGCUGGUGUCGCCCGCGUUCUCGCCCUUGCUACCUUGGCCCCACCUCCUUCUCUCUCCCACCUCCUCCGUCCACGUCCACGUCCAUUCCCCACCUCGUCUUUCUUUGCAAUGUCUAACUCCAUGGUUCGUGCCUUGCCAGAGUGCUGGGGCCACCGCGGCGCCUCCGCAGCGUACCCCGAAAACACGCUCGCCAGCUUUGACGCGGCCAUCCGGGAUGGCGCCGAGGGCAUCGAGAGCGCAGACGUCCACGUCUCCCUCGACGAUGUCGUCGUCAUGUUCCACGACCCGAGUCUCGAACGCACCACGAACUCGAAAGGUUUGAUCAGAGAGAAGACCUGGUACGGUCAGGAUGGCAUGGAGCACGUGCGGACGACCAAGGAACCCAGGCAGUCGAUCCCGACGUUCGCAGAGACAGUGGCGCUCCUCAUGAAGCCCGAGAACCGGCACGUCAAGUUCAACGUCGACGUCAAGGUGUACAACGACCCGCCACGGCUGUUCGCGCUCAUGCACAAGGCCAUCGCGGCGCACCCCGAGUGGGAAACGCUGCUCGCCCCGCGCAUCAUCCUCGGGCUCUGGCACCCGCGCUUCAUUGUCCACGCGAAGAAGCACAUGCCGUACUGCCGGCGCUCAUACAUCGGCGGCAGCACGGACAUCGCACGUAAAUACUUCUGGGAGCACUGCGAUGCCUUUUCGAUGUGGUUCCCGUCGCUCUCGACCCUGGAUGGUGAACGGUUCCGGAGGGAAUGCAAGCAGUCUGGGAAGCAUCUCAUGGUGUGGACGGUCAACGAGCCCGCUCAGAUGAUGGAGGCGGCACGGUGGGGCGUCAACGCGAUCUUGACAGAUACCACCAAGACAUGGUUGAACAUGCGGACGGAGCUGGACGGCGACUAUGACCGGGUGGGAUCGCAGUACCCACGGUCGUUCCUGUGGAUGGCGCCGUCGUACUACGGUGCGGUGCAGUACGCGCUGUCGCUGAUGGCGAAGCGGAAGCUAGAGUCGGUUGCGGGAUCGUUCGACGUCGCUGAAGACCUGAGCACGCCCACAGCGGUCCGAGCGGAGGCAUGAAGUGGGGGGUCGUUAUCGUUGUCACACGCACAGAUAGAGCUUUGAUCGUCCCUCGCUGCGAUUUGUUAGAUAUACCUUAGUUAGCGAAGAACUUGUACUACUGCUUAUUUUGUAACAUGCCUUUGCCCCCGGG